AUGAUCAUUCUUUAUGCCCCCAUUUACCCCUGUCAAGGAAUUUCGGGUCCACCUGGGGCUGGCAAGAGCACGUUCAUUGAAGCAUUUGGAUCACGAUUAACUGGUUCGGUGCCCUGGGAGCCAGUCAAUGAAAAUCCAAGUUUAUCUGUGAAAGGCCGCGUGAUCCAGACGACUUCUCCCUCCUCCAAAACGCUUCAGGGUUUGUACUUCUUCAUACUAAUUUCCUUAUAG